UUUCCUUUCUUGUCAAAUCAACCCUAGUAUUCGGCGUCUUUUUUCUUUCUCCUCACUACAAUAGCAAACGAAAUGCCCGGUCUUCACAGUCAAAAGGGCCAUGUGAGCAUGCAGAUCAAUAUAGAUCCUGCGUUCACAGGAAUUUUACGAGGGCUCGACAACGGCGUGGCCGAUCCGACCUUUCUUAAAGGCACACUAGUGGUGACUGUGUAUAAACCGGUCAAAGUACGCAAAAUGACUGUUCGGUUUGAAGGUCGUUGUAAAGUGACCAUCAACACAUCCAGCGGCAGUGUCCUUGUUGCUGCACCAGAAGGUGUCGAGUGUCGUAACCUGGUAACGAAAAAGUCACGUCUUCUGACAACUACAGACGAACCCAGAGUGUUGCCUCCGGGAAAGCACACAUACGCAUUCGAGUUUGAAUUACCACCGCAGCUGCCAGCAUCCUUCAACGGAAAGAGAGGGUUAAUCCGGUAUCGACUACGUGCAUCCAUACAUCGCUCUGUGUUUGCCAACAACCUGUUUGUGUACCGCGAAAUUCCUAUUCGACGAAGCCUCGUAUACGACGCAAUACCAUUGGAUUUGACCGAAACUAUCGUCGGUCGAGACUACCCAGAGAAAAUCCAUUACAGUGCGAGUGCACCAUCCGUGGUUUAUCGCGAAGGUGGACUGGUGCCGCUCAAUCUGACUGUUCAAAUGAUCCAACAAGAUGAAAAGCAUCCCGACAACAGCAAUACGAUCCGAGCCAUUACAUGCGCAUUGCGAGAACGGAUCAUCUACCAAACCACCGGCCAGCAGUCAUUGACCUGCCAGUCCGUGUCACAGACAGACGAAUUGUUUCCAUUAGGCUGGAGUACGUUUUAUCCAUCCGAACAAGACGAUGCCAAUUAUAAUCCAUAUGCCAAACACCAGUACAACGCCGAGUUUCGAUUGUGCCCACGUGUGCAUCCAGAUAUCAAAACCCGGCUAAUCAAAGUGUCGCACGCAUUGAUUGUGAAUAUCAAGAUGACUGUGAGAAGUAGUAGUAAUAGCAACGACGGUACAAGUGUCAAAGUUGAAUAUCCGUAUCAGCAGCAGCAGCAGCAGCAGCAGCAGAAGGACUCAUCAUCAUUACUUCCAUCAAUAAAGGCGACUAAUAACAAUAAUAGCACCGAGCAAGUUCAGCAAGAACAGCCACAGCAGCAGCAACAACAACAACAACAAGAGAGCACAAGCAGUCGAGGAAACACACCACCGCUCAGCAGAUCCUCAUCAUCAUCUUCGCUAUCAUCGAUAUUCUCACUCGGACGACAGCAAGCGAGCAAUACCGAAGAAUAUGUCAAGGACGCCUUGAUGACACUUAGUAGUAAACGACACAGUCAUAACCAAAAUAAUGAAUCCAGCCAGAACGUGUAUGUUUGCUCGCUCGAAGUUCCUGUGGUGAUUACAUCCAGGCAGCACUGCUGGGAAGGCGAAAUGCCGCAACCACCUGCAUAUCAAAACGCUGAGCAUCCGCCCACUUAUCGACAAAGCAUUGAGCACUUGCCGCCUGCUCCUGUUUAUCGCAAUCGCAGUAGCUCCUAAUAAGUGGCUGCUAAUGCUUACUACAUGCUAAAAGUGCGUGUACUGUACAUAUAAGCCCCCCUCUUAUGACAACACUUGUCAUUCGUUGUAUCAUUAGUAUUGUACUAUAG